CACGGCUCUGCUCAAAUCUCCCUCGUCAAAGUCUUCGCCGCCUUGUGAAGUAAACUACACAUCCCGGGGUGCCCCUGUUGACCCCUCCAGUCUGGAUCCGUGUGCUUUGGCGCUGGAGCUGAGGAAACCGACCAGGCCCCGACUAUAGACGCUGGGAGCUUUCGUUAAACAAGAGGAAGAGGGAGCUGGGGAUUAUUAGGAAGAAGCUUGCGCGCAGAAGGGGGCCGAGAAGUGAACACAUCUGCCUGUAGCAGGGGCUUUUCGCUGAACGCUCAGGUCCCCACACUGAGGAAGAGCCAGACACUGGGAUUGGGUAUCGAGCAGAUAGCGUAACACCCCCUCCUCCUCUCUGUGGAGAAUUGCGUUAAAACGAAAAGGAAAGGCCUGCGCUUUAUCAAUAUUACGGGAUUAUAUUUUUGAUUUUUUUGGCCCUAUAGAUUAAACGAGGAAACGUUGCUGGCUGGUGUAUGUGUUUAUAAUGGGACACGCUGAAGGUCCAGUCAAAGAAAAAGACAGUUAAGGAUGCAGGAGCCCAACAAUGGAUUUCUCCUUCUCUUUCAUGCAAGGGAUCAUGGGAAAUACAAUUCAGCAACCCCCUCAGCUCAUUGACUCCGCUAACAUCAGACAGGAAGGAACCUGCGACACCGGCAGUGACCCGGGUGAGGAUGGCGGUCCCUCCUACGAUGCUUCCCUGGAUGCAGAGUUCCCCUACCCGCCUUCAGCCUCAGAGGACAUGCAGCAGGUCACCAAUGGCUUCCCGCCCGGUCUGGGCAUAUACGAACCACAAGCCAAGUUUUCCAUGUACCCGCAGUACCCCAACGGCUCGGCCAACGGCUACGGGGCCAUACGCAGCUACGGGGAGCAUGGCCUCAUGCCGGGAGAGGGGACAGUCCUGAGAGGCCCGGGCCUCCAGGAAAGACCAUUAUCUCCUGUGUCUCCACCACUGCCCACACAUCAUCCACACCUCCACCACCAUCAUCAUCACUCCCAUCAUCACCACCACCACGCACACCACUUUCACUCAAACGCCCCUCAUAUACAACCACAUCCACACCCACACAGUCCUCCACCACCACCACUGCCCUCACAGCACCACCUGCCCCAGACGCCCCACAUCAUGACCCACACGCUGCCCCCUCCACCACCCUUACACCUGCCUUCCUCCAGUCCUCCGCCCUCUCUUGUGGACAGUACCCCAUCUUCUCAGCCCUCCCAUGCCACCACCCCUGGUGGGGAGCUGAAGAAGACCAGCUCUCCAGAGAUCAAGCUGAAGAUCAUCAAGACGUAUCAGAACGGAAAAGAACUGUUUGAAUCUGCGCUGUGUGGAGACCUGCUGCAAGAACUGCAGAAGGAGUCUCAGAAAAAUGAAGCCACUCAGAUGCAGCGCAGACAUGAGAGAAAGAAGGAGAAGAGGAAAAAGAAUGUUAGGCUGCAGCUGCAGGUCCAGGAACAGAGUCUGGACCAAAGCCAAACACUGGCAGGUACUACAGGCCAGACAGAGGACACCCACGUCCAGCCCCAGCUGAGAGAAACAUCCCCGGACCAGACAGAGCAGCUUCAGAAGACUGUUAUCAAAACUGAGCCAAAGACACCAAAGCUUCCAAAGGUCCAUCAUCCAUCAGUGAUCCAAGAGACGGGCUUCUGUAAGGAGUUUGUAAUUGGAGAUCUGGUCUGGUCCAAGGUGGGCACCUACCCCUGGUGGCCGUGCAUGGUCUCCUCUGACCCGCAGAUGAAGGUCCACACUCGCAUCAACACCAGAGGUCACAGGGAGUAUCACGUCCAGUUCUUCGGCAGCGUCGCAGAACGAGCGUGGAUCCACGAGAAGAGGAUAGUCAUGUACCAGGGAAAGAAGCAGUUUGAUGACCUUCAGGCUGAGACCCUGCGCAAGGCCACAAACCCUGUAGAGAGGCAUAAACUUCUGAAGCCGAUCCCUCAGCGUGAGCGUACUCAGUGGGAGGUGGGUGUGGGCCACGCCGAAGAUGCUUUCCUGAUGACGCGGCAGGAGCGGAUCGACAACUACACCUUCAUCUACGUCGACCCGGAUCCUAACGAGGCUCCUCCCAACAAGAAGCCCAACAUCAGAGCGGAGAAACGAAGCCGGCGCUCCAGCGGCUCAGUCAGUAAAAAGGAAGACGCAGGAGUGAAGUCGCCGGACAGAGAUCAGCCUCCACGAAGGCAGCUGCCACGGCGACAGUGUAGCGUUUCAAACUCAGAUGAUAAGUCGAGCCCCCAGGCCUCAAAUGAAGAAAACAACCAGAGGGGGGACCAACAUGUGAUGGGCUCUCCAAAGCUUAACACUGGCUGUGAUGCAAGACAGGACUCACCGCCACCAGUCAGGGCGUGGAAAACAGCAGCUGCAAGAAAGCUGCUGCCACUCUCCAUCACCAUGAAGAGGCUGAACGUGGAGAUCACAAAGUGUGACUGGCCUCUCCUGCAGAAAAAAACAUGUCAGUCCCCCAAAAAUGACAAAGAAGAAGAAAAAGACGGGCGAGUGGAGAGAGAGGCCAGGCAGCCGGACCUGGGGUACUGCUCACCUGAGCAGGACUGCAGAGCUAAACCUGAGCCCAGUCCAGAGGAGGAGGAAGAUGGGGAUGAAGGGGAGGAAGAGGGGGACGAGAGAAGAGGCUCUCCUGCCAGUCGAAGAAGUGAGGAGGGUGGAAUGCAGCAGACAUCUUCUCCCGGGUCACACCACAGCAGCCCACAAGGUUCGCAGGAGAGGAAGCUGCAGCGGCGAUCAGUGAGGAGUAGAUCGGAGUCAGACAGAGGCGCAGAUCCCGUCCCUAAGAAGAAAACCAAAAAGGAACAGGCAGAGAUGGCUCCUGAGACCACACUGAGGACGGGAUCUCAGAAAGGUGCCAGUGAGAUCUCAGAUGCAUGCAAGCCUCUCAAGAAGCGAAGCAGAGCAUCAACAGAUGUGGAGAUGGCCUCUUCUCAAUACAGAGACACCUCUGAUUCAGACUCCAGAGGCCUUAAUGACCCACAGGGUUUAUUUGGAAAGAGUCUUGAUAGCCCGGCAGCAGCAGAUGCAGAUGCUUCAGAUACCCAGUCAGUGGACUCUGGUUUGUCCCGGCAAGAUAGCAGCACUGGGAAGAGAGACACUGUUUGCCAGAUUUGCGAGGUGUAUGGAGAGGGCUUAGUGGUGUGUGAAGGUGACUGCAGCAGACAGUUUCACCUGGAGUGUCUGGGUCUAACAUCCUUACCCGAAGGCAGAUUCACCUGCUUGGAAUGUAAAAAUGGCAAUCAUCCUUGUUUUAGCUGUAAAGCGGUGGGGCGGGAGGUGACGCGCUGCUCUGUGUCAGGAUGCGGCCGCUACUACCACGAGGACUGUGUCCGUGAUCUCCCGGGCACCACCGCUAAUCCCAGCGGAGGCUUCAGCUGCCCGCAGCACAGCUGCUCUACCUGCUGCCUGGAGAGAGACCUGCAGCGAGCGUGCAGAGGUCGCCUGAUGCGCUGCAUUCGCUGUCCGUUGGCGUACCACACGGGGGACGGCUGCGUGGCGGCGGGCAGCGUCGUCCUCACGCAUCACAUCAUGAUCUGCAGCAACCACGGCGGCGCCAAGAGGAACGGCCUGCUCACCUCCCCUGUGAACGUAGGCUGGUGCUUCCUAUGUGCCAGAGGGCUGUUAGUGCAAGACCUUACUGACACCAUAUUAAGUUCAUAUGCCUAUAAGUCCCACUACCUUCUGACUGAGUCAAAUCGUGCUGAGUUGAAAUUACCUAUGAUUCCCUCUCCUUCGUCAGCUACCAAAAAGAAUGUUGGGAAAGGAGGCAAGUUGCUGUGCUGCGACUCAUGCCCAGCUUCCUUCCACCCGGAGUGUCUGGAGAUGGAGAUGCCGGAGGGUACGUGGUCCUGCAGUGAUUGCAGGGCAGGGAAGAAACCUCACUACAAACAAAUUGUCUGGGUCAAACUGGGCAACUACAGGUGGUGGCCAGCAGAGAUCUGUAAUCCCCGCUUGGUGCCAUCAAACAUUCAGAGUCUUCGCCACGACAUUGGUGACUUCCCUGUUUUCUUCUUUGGCUCUCAUGACUAUUACUGGAUAAACCAGGGCCGUGUCUUCCCCUACGUGGAGAAUGACAAGAACUUUGUCACUGGUCAGAUUAACAUCAACAAAACCUUCAAGAAAGCUCUGGAAGAAGCAGCUCGGCGGUUUCAGGAGCUUAAAGCACAGAGGGAAAGCAGGGAGGCUCUAGAGCAAGAACGCAACUCUCGCAAACCUCCACCCUACAAAUUCAUCAAGUCCAACAAACCAGUGGGGAAAGUGCAGAUGCAUGUAGCUGACUUGUCAGAAAUCCCAAGAUGCAACUGCAGACCAACAGAUGAGCAUCCUUGCAGCAUCGACUCCCAGUGUCUGAAUCGCAUGCUGCAGUAUGAGUGUCAUCCACAGGUUUGUCCUGCAGGUGACAGAUGUGAGAACCAGUGUUUCACCAAGCGGCUGUAUGCAGAGACAGAGGUGAUAAAGACAGAGGGCUGUGGGUGGGGCCUCAGGACCAACCAGGCACUAAAGAAGGGUGACUUUGUAAAGGAGUAUGUGGGAGAGGUGAUAGACUCUGAGGAGUGCCAGCAGCGAAUCAAACGUGCGCACGAAAACCAUGUGACCAACUUCUACAUGCUAACCCUUACCAAGGAUCGUGUGAUAGACGCUGGGCCAAAAGGAAACUCGUCUCGGUUUAUGAACCACAGCUGCAGCCCGAACUGUGAAACCCAGAAGUGGACAGUAAACGGAGAUGUUCGCAUAGGACUCUUUGCCCUCUGUGAUGUUGAAGCCGGUACUGAGCUGACAUUUAAUUACAAUCUGUACUGUGUGGGCAACCGGAGAUCAUCCUGUCACUGUGGAUCCGACAACUGCUCUGGAUUCCUCGGGGUCCAGCCAACAAGUGCUGUAGUGAUGGAGAAGGAGGAGAAGGCCAGGAACGCCAAGCUGAAGCAGAAGAAGCGGAAGCUGCGGCCGGAGGGCAAACACACACACGAGUACAUUUGUUUUUGCUGUGGUGAGGGAGGAGAGCUGGUGAUGUGCGACAGGAAGGACUGUCCGAAAGCAUACCACCUGCUGUGUCUCAACCUCACCAAGCCGCCAUACGGACGGUGGGAGUGUCCGUGGCAUGACUGCAGUGUUUGCGGCGCACCGGCCUCAUCCCUCUGUGACUUCUGCCCGCGCUCCUUCUGCCGAGACCACGAGGCAGGGGCGUUCGCCGCCUCCUCCUUGGAAGGCCGCCUCUGUUGCUCUAGUCACAACCCCCUCAGUCCUCCGGGAUCCAACUCCAGCUCGACGCAGCUGCAUCACUCCGCUCUCAGCCCCAUGAGGGUCAAGGAGGAGCCGGAGACAGACCUGGGCGAGCAGGCAGCGGAGUGACACCGGAGCUUCCUGAAUACCUCAUUACCUGCAGAGUGCUCCCUUGAACCAGUUCAGAUCUGACACAGUGCACUGCAAAAGGUAGUACAGUGCUUUUUGACCAGUGCAGCGGCUGCUAUUCCGUGCCAGGACACACAGCAGAGCAACUGGCAGUGAUGGCAGAGGAAAGCGACCAGGCGUCAUUAUACACUGUUUUCUUGCCUCUGUUGCCAUAAAACACCACCAGUGACGCUCUCCGCAGCCCGCCCGCACCAGUCGGGGGCACAGGCCGCCACCUCAUUAUGUCUCUUUUUUUCGUUUUGUUCUUUUUUUGUGUUGUCAUGUCGUCAGUUUCCGGCACUUUGAAGAACCCAGCGAGCGAAGUGGGGGGGGGGGAGCAGAGAGACGGACGUGUGAAGCAGCUCAACCUCUCCCCCACGCUGCUCCUCUCAUGUUUACCUGCUGUAAGCUGUGGUCAGCAUCUCAACCAUAGAAAGGCUCCACAGAGGCGAGCCAGCCUUUGUCCAUCACUCCUGACGUGAUCUGUCUUUGUAUUUAUCUCCUCUUCUUCUUCUCCUUGGGGAACAGGAGGAGGGGAAGUUACAGAAUUUGUGCAAUUUUUUUUUCAGGACAACACUACAUUCCAACCUUAGACAUCGUUUUUAAUAUACUUAUGGGUAUAGAUGAAUAUAAUUAUAUACAGUAUCUAUGUUUGUUAAUGUUUACAGACGGAUUCUCUCACUUCAUCUCGGUGAGUGGUGUAUUAUGUUUGUUUGUUUAGAUGUUAAACAUUACGCAGACCUCCUUGUGAAAAUAGUCCUAUUAAGGUGAAAUAUAAUGGUAUAUUGUGUAAUGGUAUAACAUUACAGAAGUACUUGUGAUUUUCAUAUUGACAGUCUCACUCACCAUUGUGUACAUAAUUGGCUCAUAAUAUUGUAAAGUACCUAAAGAUCAGGAGGGACAGAGCCCCACCUCUGGUUGUUCCUGGGGGAUGGAAAUGCUUUUUUUAAAUAACUAGACAGAUCCUUUUUUAAUGAACAUUCUGUUCUCACGUUUCCUUCACUUAUUUGUAGAUGGAGGCCCCAGCUUGUGAUCACUGGUGCUGUCUUAAAGUAUUGUUAACCAGCCUUAAGUUAGACUCUGGCUGUAGGAACUACUGCCCAGACGCAGUCCAUUUGAGUAACAUUGUGUACUGUGACCGCUUUGUUUCUUUACCUUUUUGUUUUGCCAAACUUUUCUGAAAAGCACUUUCACAUGGCUUGUCGCUACACAGUUUAGCUACGUCAUACAUAUACAGAAAUGUGUAUUAAAAGAACAUAUGACAUGUGUUUUGAAAUCAAUACCUCUUCUUGUAGUAACGUCGGACUUCAAAUUGUGUUGUAAAUUUGAUCUUUUCAGUCAGAAACGUGGUGUUGAGUGGUGGUGCUGGGCACAGUUUCUUUUUUUCUUUUUUAAGAAAGUGACUUAAAAGCUGUUUCGUUUUUUACUGCCUGCCCGGCUUCACACCGAAAAGUCCUCUACUUACUCGAGAGGCAUGUCUUCAUUUUCCACCUGAAGGACACCCUCAAGGCUGGGCUUCGUAGAAAAUCAGCCCAGACCAGUAUAUUGUACAAAAUACAAACAUCUGUACAGUGUUUCUAAUCACUCAUCUGUCCAAAAUUUUUGUAUUUAUGGCACCGCAUUUUGUACCAAUUUCUUUUUCGAACACAGUAAUUUGUCUCCCUCUUCACAGUGUAAGUGACAUAGACUAUUUAAAAAACACAGGGAGUUUUACAUAAUACCUGUAUCUUGUCAUUGCAAAUGUUUUCCUUUAUUUGCAUUUGGUGUAAUGAUUCCACAUUUGAUAACAGCUGCUGAUCACCAACAUGUAUCAUGACUCACUGUAAUUGGUGUUACAAGCAGCGCGAGGCGUGUAAACUUUCCAUUUAGCUGUUUCCUCCUGGACUAAAGUGGUCGACACAGGUUGAAGCUUUUCUGUCGCCUCCAUCAGUUGCGUCACUGGUUGUGUUUGUUUGCAUUGUCGGCCCCUUGAAGACCUUUUUUUUUAAAGCCUCCUGUAGUGGGUUGGAGCCACAAAGUAAAACUGUGCCAAUGUUUCCAAAUCAUUUUGAAGCUUUAAAAUAAUGCAGUAAUUUAAUGUGUUACAUUGUGUUGUUACAUUGGCAGUUUUUUUUUGUUUUAACAUCAAAUGCAUCUCUUUGAGGUUCAAAUGAGCAACACAAACUACAGCCUCAAAAUUUAUCACCCAGUCAAAUAAAUUCUGCCCAAGAAAAUGGUCCAUAAAGGAGGAUUUCUUUUGCCUUAGACUUUUUAGUCUAGGUGUAGAGAAAGAAAUAUCUAAGGCAGACAAGUAAGAAUAUUAUUUAUACAAUUGAAGACUAAAAACUUUUUUCCUAAAACUAAUGUAAUCUCCCUAUUAAAGUCCUGAGGCCUAUUUCUUCCUUUGCCUACUUUUUCAAUCAGUGUAUGUGAACAUGUAUGUUUAAAACCAGUAAAUGGUUUAAGCUAAACACAGAAAGUUGGAUUCUAAUGUCAUAUUUUCUUGAAUGAAUUUAAUUAAUAUUCUUACUUUUCUGCAUUUACAUUCCCUUUCUCUUAUAUCUUAGACCUUUUCCUUCUGUUUGUCUCACAUUCCUAAAAAGUCAACUUACUAAUUUUCUUGGCCAACUUAGUACUGGUGUACUAAAUUUUGACAAAUUCUUUGUAUUAUUAUUGAUAUAUGAUUCAUUAUCAGGUAGGUGCAUCAUCCAUGCACUUUUUAAUUACGAACUCAAGAUGGUUUGUGUCAUAAAACUUGAAUUUUCUUUUUGUUUUUGGAAUAGGAUUUAUACAUGUGACUGUCAGACCGAUGGCAUCCUCGCUUCUUAAGCGUUAAUGGCUUCAGGAAAAAUGACUUGUGAAGAUAUACCUUGUCUUAAAGCCUUUUUUGUCCACAAUUACUGUUGCAUGCCUCCAUCAUCAAACACUGGGUUUUUCUGUAGACGCCUAAUUUAAUGCCAAUGUUGCUUUUCUUUUUUAACCUUGUUUGCACAGAGAUUUUGCAAAACCGAACAGCCUUUAGUUUUAUUUUUCUGCACCUGCAGAUCGCCUGAUUAUUUUGUGCCCAUAUGUCCAUGUUGUCCCGGCCUAUCAAGCAGUAGUAUUACAUACGCUUAAUAUAAGUGUCCCAGCGUGCAUUAUUUCAUUUACUUAAAUACUAUCUGAUGUAUGUGUUUUGUUGGUUUAUCCUCAGUGUUGUGCUCAUGCUUUUAUUUGAGAAGACAAAACCGCAUGUUUGUUUUCAUUUAAGUGACCAUUGACUGAGGGGGGGUUUUCUAUAUGUCCAGGAUUUUAUUACCUAUUGUUAUUUUUUAUAUACUUCCAUGUAGGACGGGCCACCCCUUGUAUGUCAAAAAAUAUGUUUAAGUUCACUGUGAUGUCUUUCGGUUUCUGUACAGUGUUGAUGACUCUUGUUGAGUUUUCACUGACAUGCUGUCAGAUGAGAAAUAGUGUUCAAAUAAAUUCAUACAUUCACCUUCAUAAGCACUCUUCAUCUCUUUUUACUUUUUGUAAAAUUGCUCACAGUAACUCUGACUGGGGUCGUACGUAUCUCUCUUGGUGUUGCUUCAAUGAAAACGUGGAUGAACACAAAAUACCAUGUUGAUUACUGUUAAACCUGUGUUACAGCAUACUGCAUAUUGUUGAAGAACCUGUAAAUAGUUUGCAUUGAACUUGCAUAGGAUCAUGUUACUGUGGCGUGCUCUUUUUGCCUGUACAAUUCUGCUUCUAAAUGUGUGUGACUGUUGAGACAACACUCUUUUUGUACAUGACUUGUCUUUUUAUUUGAUAUUGAUUCUGUCCUUUUUUCAUUCUAAAGUUAAUUUUAAAGAGUUCAGAAAUGCCUGAAGUUUGACUUUAAUAAAGCUGUACUGUCUCAGUGAAA